UUUCCCAGACUGGGGGUAAAACCACUAGGAUGAAUCUUCUACGCCGGAUUUCAGCGAUCUUUCACAGGAAGACAGAGUCUGAAGAAACACCGCAGGAACAACAUCAAGAUAACUCCAAGUUGAAGUCUGUCCAGGGAAUUGUGACCCAUCUCUGUACCGACUAUGGCUGGAUUAAUGAGUCUAUCGUUUUCAAUACUGAAGUGGUCAGUAACAAUGUGCCUGUGAACAUCGGAGGAAGUGUUAUUGCUCUCGUUGAAGAAGAUGAAGCAUCUCAUGUACUGAAAGCAAUCAAGGUGAAGGCCAUGACUAACCCUGUUGGUGGUACUGAGCUAUCAGACAUUAACCGAAGACUUUGUAUUAGGUGUGUCACCUCAGUAACACAGGACAACAUCUAUAUCAGCCGGGAAACUUUUUUCCCUGUCCAGCUGUUUUCAGGAGAAUUUAAGCCUUUCAAAGGAGACUUAUUGCUGGUUGAAUAUUCCUUGAAGAUAGGCAGUACAGACAUGAACAUCCACACUGCAAGUCCUCUGAACAUACAGAAUAUCAAAGAGGUCUGUGUGACCAGCGUUCAGGGAAGAACUGGUGUGGUGGAAGCCAGCAUCUUUUUUAAUUUGGAUUCUCUCCAUACUCUGCCUGGUUAUACACCUGCAUUGUAUGACAUCGUCAAUGUGGUUGUAGUGGACAGCAUCCAAUCACACUACACUCGUAGAGUAGUGUCUAUGAUUCCAGUGGAGAUGCUGUAUUAAUUAAUCAU